UAACGCAGACGAACGGUUCAAUGACUCUGGCGACCGUUUCUAUUUUCUCUCUGGUUCUGUCGUUGGAACGGGUCGCAAAGAAGGAGUCUUUGUUUGCGUUUCACGUUCGCAACGUACGGUAUCAUCUGCGACCGCGGCUCCAUCAUAUCGUUACCGAGACGGAAUGUGCCCGCAUAAGUGGAAGCGUGGGUCUCGCUCCUCCCGGUCGAUGUAAAAUGUCGUGUAGUGUCCCAGAGUGGCGCCGUCGUCGAGUGCAAGUGCAGUGAGGUGCAGUGGUGUGUGCGAACGAGCGUGGGUCGGUACGGCCACGGCGAGCGAAGUGCGUGGAGGUGGCGGCGGCCGCACGGCCAUGACCGGCGAUAUGCCUCUAGGGAGCGCGCACGCGUUCGGGCGCGCUUUGCUCCGGGAUGGGGCGCUGCCGCCGCUCGAGCCAGGCCCGCCCGCUCCGCCGGCGAACAACGCGCAGCCGCCCGACAAGAGACCGCCGGCCGCGGCCGCCAGCCCCGAGCAGGUCAUGAAGCUCUACAUGAACAAACUCACUCCUUACGAACAUCGCGAGAUAUUCGACUAUCCUCAAGUGUACUUUAUAGGCGCGAAUGCUAAGAAACGGCCUGGACUCGUCGGGUUUCCGAACAAUUGCGAGUACGAUAACGAGCAAGGCUCCUAUAUCCACAUACCGCACGACCACAUAGCUUAUAGAUACGAAGUGCUCAAAGUAAUAGGCAAGGGCAGCUUCGGCCAAGUAGUGAAAGCGUUCGACCACAAGAAGCGAGAAAAUGUUGCGCUCAAGAUGGUCCGGAACGAGAAGCGGUUCCACCGCCAGGCUCAAGAAGAGAUCCGCAUAUUGGAACACCUCCGUGAGCAGGACAAGGACAACACGAUGAAUGUUAUACACAUGUUCGACUCUUUUACAUUCAGAAAUCAUACGUGCAUCACUUUCGAGCUACUCUCGAUCAAUUUGUACGAGCUGAUAAAGAAGAACAAGUUCCAAGGGUUCUCGUUGCAGCUCGUUCGCAAGUUCUCACAUAGUCUCCUCCAGUGCCUGCACGCCUUGAGCAAGUAUCGGAUCAUACAUUGCGACAUGAAACCAGAGAAUGUUUUGCUGAAGCAACAGGGACGCUCCGGAAUUAAGGUGAUAGACUUCGGUAGCUCGUGUUACGAGACCCAACGGGUGUACACGUACAUCCAGUCGAGGUUCUACAGAGCGCCCGAGGUGAUGAUGGGCGCGAGGUACGGCAUGCCCAUCGACAUGUGGUCCCUGGGCUGCAUACUGGCGGAACUCCUCACAGGGUUUCCGUUGCUUCCCGGGGAGGAUGAAGCGGACCAGAUGGCCUGUAUCAUCGAACUUCUAGGAAUGCCACCACAGAAGCUCAUCGAGCAGGGCAAGCGUUCCAAGAACUUCAUCAGUAGUAAGGGCCUCCCGCGAUAUUGUACGGCCACUACUCUGCCAGACGGGAACACGGUACUUAGUGGAGGCAUGUCGAGAAGAGGUAAACCACGCGGUCCACCAGGCUCCAAGAGUUUCGUCACAGCCCUGAAGGGAUGUCAGGACAAGUUUUUCAUUGAUUUUAUUAGAAGGUGCCUAGAAUGGGACCCAGAGAAGCGAUUGACGCCGAUGACGGCACUCCGGCACGCGUGGCUCCGCCGCCGGCUGCCGCGCCCGCCGCACGACGAGGACGCACCGCCCGCCCUCAACCACAACCACAACCACAACCACAGCAAUGCGGGCGGGGCGGUAGCGGUGGCGGUGGCGGGGGCGGGGGCUGGGGCGGCGGCGGCGGCGGCGGCGGGCAGCGGAGGUCGCGGCGGUUCGCUGCGAACUCCCCUCGCCCGUACACCCGUCACCUUCAAUGCCUCGCACGUCGCCAAAGCGAAACUUCAAGCUGCCCUGUCGGAGGAGAGCGGGUCGUCGAGCGCGGCGGCGGGCGUGGCGGGCGUGGCGGGCGUGGCGGGCGGCGCGCGGUACUGGGCGGCCGCCAAGCUGCCGCACCUGCCCGCGCCCUCCUAGCGCCCGCCCUCCGCUCGCCGCCUCGCCAAGGUGUCGUCCCUAGAAGCGCCGCGGCGGACGGGCGGCGCGGGUGGCGCCGGCUGCUGCGGCGGCGCGGGUGGCGCGGGUGGCGCGGGUGGCGCGGGUGGCGCGAGGCUGGAGCUGGAGCGGCGCAGCCUCGACCUGGAGCG